CCCCCGGCGCGGGCUCGGGCUGCGAUGGGAUUAGUCUCAACCGCCGCCGGGCACGGUGAAUGACUCCGGCAGCCCUGGAGGGUUGGAUGCCGCAGCCUCAGCGCCCCCCUCGCUGUUCGGGGGGCAAGCCAGAUUGCAUGACGUCAGUCUCUCCUGAGUUGUGGAGGACAGAAGCUUCACAAACCACCAGCCAACCUAUUCACAUCUUGCACUGAGUGAGCUUUUCCCAGGGAACUAGCACGUGAUGCCAUGCUCAAUAUGACUUGCACAAAAGCAGAGGGGGAGAACCAUUAAGAAUGACUGAGCCAACAAGACAGACGGCUGAUGAGGGAUGUGACCUGUAGGAGGUGGAACCAUAAAUGGAAGUGGAAAAAUGAAAAGUCUUGUGUAUGAAGAAAAUUGAGGGCUGUGGAAACUUGAGAGCUGAAAGAAGUUUAACAUGUCAAGCAGAUCUCUGCAGAACUACUAAAGGUAAAGACAUUUUCAGACUUAUACAGCAACAACAAGAUUUGAAUGAAAACUUCAGACAGAAAGAUCAAACCCUGCACAUUCUUUUCCAGGAAUUUCAUCUGCCCCAUCUGAGAUUCAUUAUGGUACCUUGCAGUGAGAAAUGACUUCCUCUGAAGAAUAUAGGUGCCACAAUGACAGAAAGAUAGUGGUCUUGUUUCCCUCUGAGUUGACAAAGUGAAAUGGUGCUCUUAAAGAGAUAAGUGUUUAUUAUACUUGGAAACCCAAACUGUGUAGCUGGACGAUUUUUCCUGAACCUGCACUCCAGUGUUCUAAUGGACGAUUGACAGUGGCAUCAUGUAGUAGUCCCUGAAGUGUUAUCAUAACUGAGUUGCAAUGGUUUUGUACACUUCCCCAUUUCCCAACAGCUUUCUAUCAGUUCUGCAUUCAUUUUCCUGGGGCCUGAUUUUCCCAUGUUAUUGGUUUGCAGACAGGCUUGUAGCCUCUUUUGUUCCUACCACCUAUGAAAAACGUCAGAGGGCAGAUGAUCCAUGCUACUUUCAAGCACUCUGCAUUAUUAUUACCACUCCUAUCUACUUGGCACUGCUAUUAGCAUCUCUUCCUUUUGCCUUGAUCGGCUUCUUGUUAUGGUCACCUCUCCAGUCAGCUAGAAGGCCAUAUAUCUACUCUAGGCUUGAAGACAGGAGCCAGGCCAAUGGAGCUACACUACUUGCUGAAUGGAAAGCUACAGGCAAUGGGAAAAGCUUCUGCUUUGGCAGUGCCAAUGUUUGUCUGCUACCAGAUUCUCUGGCAAGAUUUAACAAUGUGUUUAACACACAAGCACGAGCUAGAGAAAUUGGGCGGAGAAUCAGAAAUGGGGCAAGCAGACCACAAAUAAAAAUCUAUAUAGAUUCUCCCACUAACACAUCCAUCAGCGCAGCAAGUUUCAGCAGCUUGGUAUCUCCCCAAGGUGGAGAUAGCAAUAACCGCGCUGUCAAUGUUGGCAUCAAAAGGACAUCAUCUCUGGAAUACAAGGGAGAUAAUUCUGGCUCCAAUAAUAGUGAGGAUAGUAGAGAUGCUAAAGCUGGAGAGGACCUAAAUGAGGGAGAAGACAACAAUACAUGUAUUGUGCGCAUAAAUGGGGAGGAUAAUGGCCACGUUUCAGACCCAGAAGCAGAUGCCAUUUGUGCCCAGGCUAAUACUAGUGGGCCAGCAGAACACUCAUUGGAAGGUGAAAGACAGAGCCCAAAGGGUCAAAUAUCCAACCAUAAACAGAAAGAAGGAGAUUCUGGGAGUUUAGACAGCUAUGCUGCCUCACGAGAGUCCCUGGUUAAGGUUCGCAUUGGAGAUGGCACAGUGGACCAAAGCAGCAUCAACAACAAACUCCUUUACAAAGCCUCGGUCAUGAAGAAGACCUCUACAAGGAAAAAGAAGCAUACGGAUGAAAACUUUGACCACGAGAUAUCUGCUUUCUUCCCUGCUAACUUGGACUUCCUAUGCUUGCAGGAAGUGUUUGACAAAAGAGCAGCAGAGAAGUUGAAACAGCAGCUCCAUCACUAUUUUGAAUACAUUCUAUAUGAUGUUGGGGUCUAUGGCUGCCAUGGCUGCUGUAGCUUUAAGUUUGUUAACAGUGGCCUGCUUUUUGCCAGCCGCUACCCAGUUAUGGAUGCUGCUUAUCACUGUUACCCCAAUGGAAAAGGAACGGACUCCUUGGCUUCCAAGGGAGCCUUGUUUCUCAAGGUGCAAGUGGGAAGUACACCUCAGGACCAAAGAAUUGUGGGAUACAUUUCCUGCACUCACUUGCAAGCUCUAGCAGGAGACACUACUGUUCGAUGUGAGCAACUUGAUCUGCUUCAAGAUUGGCUGGCUGAUUUCCGAAAAUCUACCUCCUCCUCCAGCACAGCCAAUCCAGAGGAGCUAGUGGCUUUUGAUGUGAUCUGUGGAGAUCUCAACUUUGACAACUGUUCAUCUGAGGACAAGCUGGAACAGCAGCACUCCCUGUUUACACGCUACAAAGACCCAUGCCGGCUUGGACCUGGAGAGGAAAAGCCAUGGGCAAUUGGUACCCUAUUAGAUCCUGAAGGGUUGUAUGAAGAAGAAGUGUGCACUCCAGAUAACCUACAGAAGGUGCUGGAAAGUGAAGAAGGGAGGAAAGGCUAUGUGGUGUACCCUACCAGCAAGAACCAUAGUUCAAGUCAAAAGGGGAGAAAGGCAUCACUCAAAGGCAGCGGGAGGAGGAUUGACUACAUGCUUUACACAGAAGAGGGUAUUUACCUGGAAUGGAAAGUGGAAGUUGAAGAGUUCAAUUUUAUUACACAGUUAGCAGGUUUGACAGACCACCUGCCAGUGGCUAUGCGUCUGAUGGUAUCUACAGGGGAAGAGGAUUCAUAAAACUGACCAGCUUAGUCAGAAGAUUAGAAGAGGGAAGUUUCAAUUUGACCUAUAUCAGAGGAUAAGAAAGAACUCUUCUGGUGCCACAUUAAGAUAGAUAACUAGACCUGACCCAGGCUACCCCUCCACAACUCAACUGGCUUUCAAGUUCCUCUCAAAAUGUACCAGCAUCGGAGGAAAUAAAGGGAAGAAAUUAUGUGGGUUGGGACCAAUAAAAAACCAUUGUAACAAGUUGGUCAGGUAACAGGGCAGGGCUGUAUCUCAUCGCUUUCACUGUGGACCAAAAGGAACCGAGAUGGAAGUCCUUAUUCCUUUUGAACCAGUGCCAUUCUUACUAAAACAUGUUUUUAUACUAAUAUAUAGCACAAUUUAGUUUGUAAUCCGUCUGUGAGUUAGUGCUGCUCAAUGGAUUUUUGCAUAUCUUUGUAAAACUAAGCUAAAGCUUUUUUUCUUUUCUUUUUCCAAGCCUGUUAAUGUCGUAGUAGUAUGCCUGCAUCAGUAGCAUGCGCCCGCAUUGCAUGCCACUCUGAGAUAAAUAGUCAUUAAGAUACCAUGGGGGAAAUAAGCAUAGAAAUAGAAAUUCAAAAUCAGAAGCUACCCAAGAAAAGCAUUCUGGGAUUGGCUAAACAUUUUCCAAUCAACUUAAUGGACUUUAAAAAAAAAAUCUGCACCCAAUUUGCAAUAAGAAUCUUACCCUUUCAGAGUCCUCUCUAAGGAUUAUUAUUAAAAAUCAGAUGUUAAAAGUUUAAAAAUCUAGUCCCAGAAUCCUUAUUCCAACUAUAUGCCCAUUAAAAUCAACAAGAGUUUUGCCUGGGUAACAGCUCCAGAAUAGGGCCUAAGUUUGCUAACUACAUGAUGCCACUUUUGAAUGUCUUAGGGUUCCUUCCCCACAUUUAGGGCAGUUCUGACUUACAGUAUGAGGUUAUAUAGAAUUGUAUGGUUAUCGAUUCACGUGGUAUCACUGAUAAUAUCAGAGGGUCAAUUCUCUUCUUUGAUUGGAAACAAUGAAUGAGGAAAGACUUGUGACGAACAUGCAAGACACAAAGUGAUGAUUUCAGAGAACAGAUGAAGAAAGCAGAGUGUGUUUGACAAGACAGGUUGGGACACUGAUUUUCAAAGGAACAGAAACUGAUGGCAGAAUAAAAAAACAAAAAAAGGGCACUAAAACCUGAAGCCUUUUUUAAAGGAGAACUCUUCUUGUGAUCUGAAAAUAAUUUUUUAAUGUGUGGAAUACAGCCCUGCAUUUU